AUGGUCUUGGAGAGAGUUAAGCAGAUGGCAGCUCAAUUGACUGGCCAGCUGCCACCUCCACACCCUUUUGAUCCUCUUUCGAGCAGCGAAAUCAAAGAAGCAGUCGAGAUUGUUCGCAAGGAGCACAACGAUGUCUUCUUCAACGCUGUCACUCUCUGGGAGCCUAGGAAGAAGGAAAUGAUGGCCUGGUUGGCAUCUCCUGAUACUGUACAGAGACCUCAUCGUGUUGCAGACAUUGUGGCAAUUGGUAGGGGAAGCAAAGUCUUCGACGGUACCGUCGACCUCGAGGAGAAGAAGAUAUUGAGCUGGGAGCUCACCGAAGGCGUCCAGCCGUUGAUCACCAUGGAAGAUUUGAACACCGUGGAAAGUGUCGUCCGUACGGAUCCCAAGGUCAUUGAACAAUGUGGCAUUAUUGGCAUUCCUCCACAAGACAUGCACAAAGUCUACUGCGAUCCGUGGACAAUUGGUUACGAUGAACGGUUCGGAAGCAACGUCCGUCUUCAGCAAGCUCUGAUGUACUACCGUCCUCAUCCCGAUGACAGCCAGUACACAUAUCCUCUAGAUUUCUGCCCCAUCUUCAAUGCAGACACACAGGAAAUCAUACAUAUCGACAUUCCCAAAGUUAGGAGACAGCUCAACCAAGCACCGCCUGCCAACUUCCAUGGUGAAGCGAUUGAGAAAGAGAUUGGCCUCAGAACUGACAUCAAGCCAAUCGAGAUUACGCAGCCCCAGGGCGUAUCUUUCGAGCUGGAUGGUCGCACCCUCAAAUGGCAGAACUGGUCGGUUCACGUCGGAUUCAACUACCGUGAAGGUAUUGUCUUGAGCAACGUCAGCUUCAAUGACAGAGGCAAUGUCAGACCCAUCUUCUACAGAAUGUCGUUGGCUGAGAUGGUUGUCCCUUACGGUUGCCCCGAGCAUCCGCACCAACGGAAACAUGCCUUUGACCUUGGCGAGUACGGUGCUGGGUAUAUGACUAACAGCUUGACACUUGGUUGUGACUGCAAGGGAGCAAUUCACUACAUGGAUGCCGAGUUCGUCAACAGAGCGGGCGAUGCGCAGACCAUCAAAAACGCCAUCUGUAUCCACGAAGAAGAUGCAGGCAUUCUGUUCAAGCACACUGACUUCCGUGACGAAUCAUGCACAGUGACUCGUGGCCGCAAGCUCAUCAUAUCCCAGAUCUUUACUGCAGCCAACUAUGAGUACUGCGUGUAUUGGAUUCUCAUGCAGGAUGGUACCAUCCAGCUCGAGAUCAAGCUGACUGGUAUCUUGAACACCUACGCGCUUAACCCUGGCGAGUCGGCUGCUCCAUGGGGCACUGAAGUGUACCCUGGAGUCAAUGCCCACAAUCAUCAGCAUUUGUUCUGUCUGCGCCUAGAUCCCAACAUUGACGGACCAAGCAAUACUGUAUUCCAGGCCGAUGCAGUACGGGGUGACGGUGAAGUUGGCAGCGCAGAGAACUACUACGGCAACGCCUUCUAUGCAAAGAAGACACCUCUAAAGACCCCUGCCACAGCCAUGAGUGACUACGAUGGCAACACCAGCCGCACCUGGGAUAUGGCCAAUACCAGCAAGAUCAACCCUUAUUCGAAGAAGCCAGUCUCGUACAAGCUUGUCAGCCGAGAAGUUCCGCCUCUGCUGCCCAAGGAGAACAGUCUUGUUUGGAAGAGAGCAGGAUUCGCCAGACAUGCUGUUCACGUCACCAAGUACUCUGAUGAGCAGAUCCACCCUGCUGGCCGUCACGUCCCUCAGACUUCUGGUGAGCCUUCACAAGGUAUCCCUGCUUGGAUUGCGGAGGAACCAGAGGCGAAUUUGGAGCAAGAGGAUGUGGUCCUGUGGCAUACCUUUGGCUUAACCCACUUCCCUGCUCCUGAAGACUAUCCUAUCAUGCCUGCAGAGCCCAUGACUGUGUUGCUUCGACCUCGUAACUUCUUCACCCAGAACCCUUGUAUGGACGUGCCUCCCAGCUACUCAAGCACACCCACGCAGAUGGCAGCUGGCAAGGGCGGCAUCAAGGGCGUUGUCGACGGUAUUAGUAGGUUGGCGUUUGCAGACAAAACGAAGGGUGGCAGUAACGAUUGUUGUGGCAAGUGA